AUGGCGAACCCAGCACGGAAUACGCGUCUCAAAAAGGAGAUUGACAUCCUCAAAGAGGACACAGACAACUCGGGCGUGGUGGCUGUGAUUGUCGACGAGAGUGACAUGACGCAUCUGAAGGGCCUCUUCACGGGCCCGCCAGACACACCAUAUGCCGGAGGAACCUACCAGGUCGACAUCCAGGUCCCGGCCGGCUACCCCUUCCAGCCGCCCAAGUUCACCAUGGAUACCAAGAUAUGGCACCCGAAUAUCAGCAGCAAGACUGGCAUGAUCUGCCUCGACAUCAUCCGACCAAACGACAAGAGCACCAGCAGCGCCAACACGUGGUCCCCCGUAAACACCAUCAAGACCGUCCUCCUCUCGAUCCGCAUGCUCCUCGAGCUCCCCAACCCGGACGACCCGCAGGACGCCGUCGUCGCCACCAUGGCCCGCGACGAGCCCGAGUACUUCCGCCUCAUGGCCCACGACUGGGCCGUCCGCUACGCCGGCGCCCCGCGCCGCGAGCCCCCUCCGCCCGAGCAGCCCUCCGAGCGGGCCCCGCAGCCGCCCAAGAAGAUGGACGAGGUCGACCCGGCGCGGUACAAGGGCUACAACAAGGCCAUGGUCGACCAGUUCGUCGAGAUGGGCUUCGACAUCGACCGCGUCGUCGAGGCCUUUCUCCACUUCGGCCUCGACCGCAACGGCGGGUACCACUACCAGAUGGAGGAGGCGUACGCCGGAGACAUCAUCUCGCGGCUGUACGGCGAGGCGUGA